AUGUGGGAUGGAGUUAGUUUGAAGACGUUGAAGGAGAGUUCCUCUUUCUCGCAGUCGAAACCGAGAAAGCCGCCGGAGGAAGGGAGUUGGUCGGGUUUGAUGCACUCCGGGUGGUGGAAGUCGGCGUGGGGCGGUGACCGGGCGGCGAGGAGGCGGCGGUCGAGGCAGGGGAGGACUGCCAGCUGUCGCCCGUCCGCGAAGCAUUGGGACGCGAGAUUCUCGGUGAAGGCUUUCGCGCUUAGGCCGUCUAAUAGAACGUGGUUUACGGACAUGCCGAUUGCUAGGCCGCCGCAUUUGAAUGAUAGCAAGUCUCCGAGCUCCGGCAAGGUCAAAGCAGAUGAAGCCGCGACAAAACCGGCUCCGGUGGCAUUGCUGGAGUCAAUGACGAGGCGGCCGGUGUCAGGGUUCAGCUUAAGUCUUCCGGCCACGAAAUCGUAG